UUCUCGCGUGUUCUUGCCGGUGUGUUUGUCAAUCCUUCGGGUGUUUUGCGGUCGUCUCCCAGCAUCCCCCUUUGAUGGUCUUUUCGGUGCUUCUAGCGGCCGGUGUGGCCAUCGAUAACCUCAUCGAUCCCCUGGCGGAUGGUGCGGUCGUCGCGGCGAAUCACACAUUUACGACCGCAUACUUCCAAGCAUGCUUCGAUCCGAAGGUGAAUCAUAUCGCCUCACCCUACCACAUCCGGCUGGUACUGUCGGCACUGUAUCCGUUGGCCGGGGCGGCCGUGCAGGAGGAUUUACGAGUAGCGUUCGGUCUCCCGGAGCAGGAGCACGAUGUCAUCGAGCAGCAGAAGCGUCUCACCGAGCAACUAACCGCGGUGGCCGCCGGUGAAAGACGCCAUUUACGGGCCCUACCGUUCGUGCUGGCCGAGGAAACGUUGGCACAGAGCGAGCUGUUCGAGCAGCGCUUCCUGCCUCUGCUACCGACUGCACCACCGGCCUUUGAGACGGUGGAUCUUACCGAUGACAUCCCGUCGGCGGCCGCCGUUAACAGCUACUAUCAGCGGGCUUCAAUCGAGAUCGAGGAUUUGGUCUGCGAAGGGGACGUAUUCUCGCUGCCACCCAACUGUUUUCGCUUCAUGCUGUUCAGCGGCGUCUCGGUACUGGCCCCGGUCGGUGUUCGGUUUGAUCCGACCGACACCGAAGUCGGUCCGUUCCGGUUCGUCAACGAACCGGAUCGCCAGGUACCGAUCAUGGCGACUAAGGCACGGUUACGCUACUGCCACCAGCAACUUCUUGGCGAUUUGCGGUGCAGUGUCGUCGAGCUGCUGUUUGCUGAACCGACGACCAUCGUCCUGCAGCUGCUGCUACCCGAUGAGGGCAGUGAGCUGAAGGAUCUGGUGGCCGCCUUGAACGCCGAGCAGCUGGCCAGCAUCGAACGGAACCUGCGACAUCGCACGGUCGAGGUUAAGCUACCCAGUUUUAUGGUGCGCGAGAAAACGGACACACGCGAACCGAUGAAAAAGCUCGGCUAUGGUGGUGUGUUCGAGAUCGAGGAUUUAAAGAUCUUCCGGGAACCGGAGCGGGUACGGUUGGAUGGCUUCUAUCAGCACUGUUAUCUGGCGGUCGGUGAGAGCGCCGGAGAGGCACCACCGGUGGCCAGUGAUGGCGCAGCUGUCGGCCCGUCGACACCGGAAGUGAAGUUCCAUGCGAAUCGCCCGUUUUUGUUCCUGGUGCGUCGCAGCGAGGACGGAAAUGUGCUACUAAUUGGUCACUUUUCCCGAUACAUCGAUCCGGAUGAACAGUGGUGAGAUCAAAGUGACCUCUGAACGAACGGCAAAUGUUUGCAAAUAUACGAAGUAUAAAA